AUGAGCUUCUUCAACUCGCUGCAGCAGUACGUGACGAGCAGUGUGGCCAACCUGAGCCUGUCGCCCAAGCGCUUCACGCGCGGCGGCUCGGGCAGCUCCACCGAGGGCGAGCAGGCUCCAGCCGCCGCUCCGCCGCCAUCCCCACGCAGUUCCAGUGCCGGAAAUGUGCAGCACGGCUUUCCCAAGGUGGUGCCGCCCCCCGGCACGGUUUCUUCGCGUCGGCGCACGCUGGAAUGCGCCUCGGCGCUGCAGGUGGGGGCGGCGGGGGCGGCGGCGGCUGUGCCGGGCGCGCUGGGUCUGCCCCCGGGGCACGCGCCGCGACGCCAGGGCUCGUUCCGGCGCCAGCAGCAGCAGCUGCAGCACCCUCGGCCGCCCCUCAUGUUCUGCCGCCGCCGCCAGAGCUGGCCGGAGGUGGACCAGCAGGCCACGUCGGGCUCUGCUGCCGAAGAACCACCCACGUCGCAACCUACAGUGCUACCGGUGACCUAUGCCGCUGCUCUAGCGUCUCCUACCGCUUUGCAACGUCGCCCGGUCACCACAAACGAUGCCACCAACGAGCCCGACCAGACACCGACGGAGACCGCCUCGGACGGCCCGCCGCCUCUGCCGGCCACCGACGCCGCCCCGAAGAUGCCGGCGCAACCAGACGCUGACUCUGACCUCGGAAACACGAGGGAGAUCGACUCGCUCAUCGUUCCUACAGCGACCUUUCUGCCAGAACAACGCGACUCCCUUCCGUCGUCGGAUACGGAGGGUCGCACAAGGAAACAACGUUCUCCGAAACGUCGCAAGUGA